GGAAGAGAGAGGAGGCGGAGGACGAAGAAGGGAAGGCAACUCCAUGCCAAGGAAGCGCAGGGAAAGCUGAAGGCGGAGGCUGGGAGGGGGCCAAAAACGGGGGAGGGGGGGGGCGAAGAGGGGAGAGAAGCAGGCGGAAAGACGGCGGAGAACCCGUAGUAGUAGUGAGGUGAAGAGACCGCGAGUUCUUUGGCGCAGCCACGCGGAAGAAGAGGGGGGGGAGGGGGAGGAAGGGGGAAGACGGCAUUGGCGAUUUGGCACUAGCCGGGGAUAAUCGACGCGGGCGGGCGGAACUUCGCCGCGGAGGGGGGUCGAUAUUGUCUGAGGUUGCGCAGCCAGCCGGCUAUCUGCUUCGGUAGCUAGGAGUGAUCAUCAUCAUGGGGGAGGAGGUUUGUCAUCCCGUCAUUCCGCGCCGAGCGCUUGGCUCGCAAGGGAUGAUCACCUCAGCGCAAGGGCUGGGGUGCAUGGGGAUGAGCAUGUUCUACGGGCCGCCGAAGCCAGAGGACGAGAUGGUGGCGUUGAUCCGCCGUGCCGUCGACCUCGGAGUGAGCUUCUUCGACACGUCGGACUUGUACGGACCCCACACGAACGAGCUUCUGCUGGGGAAAGCUCUCGCGCCGGUGCGAGAGAAAGUCGAGAUCGCGACCAGCUGCGGUGUCAAAGUCUGCCCCGAGAAGGACUACGUAGCCGACGGCUCCCCGGCGCACGUGCGCAAGGCGGUGGAGGGCUCUCUCGAGCGCUUGCAGACUAGCUACAUCGACCUGUUGUUCCUGCAGCGAGUGGACUCCAAGUUCCCCAUCGAGGUGACGAUGGGGGAGAUGAAGAAGCUGGUAGAGGAGGGGAAGGCGAAGUACUUGGGGCUGUGCGAGGCCUGUCCGGGGACCAUCCGCCGCGCGCACGCCGUUCAUCCGCUCACCGCGGUAAUGGUGGAGUGGUCGCUGUGGGAGCGCAACGGGGUGGAGCCGGACGUGGUCCCGCUCUGUCGGGAGCUGGGCAUCGGGAUCGUCUCCUACAGUCCGCUCGGUAAAGGCUUCUUCGUCGGCAAAGGCAUACUCGAUCAGUUCGAGGAGGGGGAUUUCCGCCUCACCGACCCCCGGUUCGUGAACCUGGACGCGAACAGGGUCUUCUACGACAGGGUGAAAGCGCUGGCGGACGCGAAGGGGGUCAAGCCGGGCCAGCUGGAGCUCGCGUGGGUGCAUCACCGCGGGGAGGACGUCUUCCCCAUCCCCGGGACCACCAAGGUGGAGCAUCUGGAGGAGAACAUCCAGUCCCUGGCCAUUGCCCUCUCGCAAGAGGAGCUGCAGGCGCUAGAAGCAGCCGUGCCCAACGAGGAGGUGGUCGGGGACCGCUAUCAUUGCAAGCACUACGCAAUGACGUGGGACCGCCACCCUGAGCUGACCCCUCCGCUACACACAUACACCGAAGACUGCCCUCACGUCGAUCACGAGGAGUAGACGGGUGAGCUUCAUCAUUGCGAUCCCGAUGAUGAGCUGGGUGAUCAUCCAGUCGGGAUGAUGACCCCGUUGAUCAGUAUCCUCGCGCUGGAGAUUAUAAGCCAGGUCAUCCUCAUCAUCCUCAUCAUCCUCAGGAUCCUCAUCAUCGUCAUCAUCGUCAUCAUCGUCAUCAUCGUCAUCAUUGAUCUGAUUGGAGGACGGGGAGGAAGGAAUAGGAGAGGGGGAGGCUGUUCCUUUAUUUCUAUGAUCUAGUGGGAAUAGCCUCGGAAACAGUCUCGUACUGUAUAAUAGAAACAAUUGGACAUGAAGUGUACAUCCUUGCGCAAGUUGAAUGAUCCUGUGCGCUUAAAC